AUGUUUUGUCAUAUUUCCAAUAAAUACAAUAAACGACAAAUGAUAAGCAUUUCGACACUUGCUUAUCAACUAUUGUCGGUCGCAUGGAUUACAUCUAAAAUACAGCUCAUUCACGACAACACGUGUUCCCGAACUCAAUGGCAAAGCAGUUAUGACUUCAUUGUUGUCGGCGCCGGAACUGCCGGUGCGGUUGUGGCCAANACACGUGUUCCCGAACUCAAUGGCAAAGCAGUUAUGACUUCAUUGUUGUCGGCGCCGGAACUGCCGGUGCGGUUGUGGCCAACAAACUCAGUGCCGGUCACACCGGUGUUGCUGUUGGAGGCGGGAGGGCCUCAGGACGCCAUAUAUAACGAUAUACCAGGAAUGGGAUCACUUGGAAAUUCUCUUAAAGUUAAUGAAUGGAUAUAUUAUAAUGAACCCAAAAAUAAUUUUGGUAAUAAGUACGCCGGGGGUCGAGUGCCCGACAAUAAGGGUAAAACACUUGGCGGAUGUUCAGCGCAUAACGGUAUGGAUUUCAAUCGGGGUAAUCGUCGCGGUUAUGACGAGUGGGCCAAUACGUACGGCGCCGUCGGUUGGAGUUAUAGGGAUGUGUUGCCGGUGUUCAGGGAGUGGGAGAACAAUACGGAUCCCGUAAUUGUUACCAAUAAUCCCGAAUAUCACGGAACUCGUGGUCCAAUUCAAAUAUCUUCGCCUAAAGUAUACAAUCCAUUACUUCUCUAUAUUAGAGAUGCAUUAAAUGGGUUGGGAUUUAUGAAUACAGAUAUCAAUGGUCCGAAACAAUUGGGAUUAAUGUUAAUGCAAUCAUUUAUUACCUCAAGUCGUUUCAGAUCGGAUACGGGUAAUGCAUUUGUUGACCCGAACCCAUAUCCAGAUAACCUGCAUAUAGUGUGCAAAGCAUUGGUCUCUAAAAUACUGUUCAAUGGGUUGACAGCCAUUGGCGUCGAGUUUAUAGUGAAUGACAUCUCGUAUACGGUUUACGCCAACAGAGAAGUCAUUGUUUCCGGCGGUGCUUUUAAUACCCCACAGUUAUUAAUGCUAUCAGGUUUGGGCCCAAAACAUCAUUUACAGAGCCUAAAAAUACCGGUGAAACUCGAUCUACCAAUUGAUGCCCAAAUAAAACCAGAAUAUUCAUAUCUAAUCAACGAAGUAGCCCAACUGAAUGCAAAACAACUCGGUGAAUUAUACUACCAACACCGAGGACAUCUCGGCACAAUAAGGUUACAGUCAACUGACCCACGGCUGCCCCCACUCAUUGACCCCAAUUGGUUGUCAGACCCGGAGGACCAGGUUAAUAUAUUGGAUGCCGUGAAAAUGCAAUUUUAUUUGCUCGAGGUCACAGAUAUGGCUAAAUAUAUACAGCCGUUGCCAUCGUUUGCCGAUAUCGGGUGUCCGGUAUGUCCGGGAAAAUACAUGUAUGAGUGCUCUGAAGGACUGAAGUGCUAUAUUAGCCUCAAUUCAUUGUCGUCUUAUCAUCCGGCGGGCAGUUGUCGUAUGGGCCAAUACGUACGGCGCCGUCGGUUGGAGUUAUAG